AUGGCAUCUCCGAGGACGACCACUGGGGACGCACACUUCUACUUUACCAAGGUUGCUGCUAUGUCUGCACCCUCCAACCCCCAAUCGCUGGCGGCAUCCGACGAGAACGGCAGCGCUCCGCCGGUCGAUAUCACUUCAUGUGCGGAAUUACUUGAAACUGGAGCUUCCGUACCCGGUCCUCACAACCUGAACACCAUCAAGCGGCAGAUCCCUCCAGGUGAUCCCGACGUCGACGAUCUGACGAAAGCCGUGCAGGAGGUCGAUGUCACCCUGCGGAAAGUCCGUGAAGGCUCAGGAUCUUCAAUGGAUGGUCAGGACAAUGGCCUGCUCAAGCGCGAGAACUCCUUUGAGGAUGAUCGUACCCACCUCUCAACCUCCUCCACCAAAAUGACCAAUUUCGACUCCAAAAGCUUGGCGUCAGUGACGACCUUUGCUAUGGAUGAGAAAGACUCAGUUCGACCUGACGACAGUGCGAGCGUUCAAGCCAUUGAUGAAGAGGAAUCUCUUUCCGGGGCUGCCUCUGGUGCUCCAAACUCGGUGACGGGUUCUGAGGCUGGUGGACGUGCAUUCCGCGACCACUUCCGAGACCACUUCCGCGACAACAAUGCUCCACGACCGCGCGGGGUCCUCCUUUGCCUAGCCCUCUUUUCAACAGUGGCAACCCGCGAGGGGCUGCUAUUAUUCCUCCAGAUUCGGUUGCGAACAAUUUCUCCUGAGAACCCGCCGAAUGCCCAGAGCAUUCAUCCAUUCCCACUUGAGCCGGAUGAGAAACUCGUAACGGCGAUGAAAAACAUCAAAGAUCGCCUGAUGAUCCUUGGAAUAGAGGAGAAAAUUCGCUACUUCAUCGAAUUUUCCAGUGAACAAUCCUUGGAACUGCCACCGGACAAUUCAUUUGGCCGACUUCUUGCGCAUAGACUAGGGGAUUACUACCAUUUAACCCAUUUCGUGGACAACAACGUGACCUCAGUGCGCCUCCACCGAACACCGUUUUCCAGACUCCCCACGCCGUUGUCCGACUUGUAUCCUGCCACCAAUGAACCCCUGGCAUCUAUUCCGGCCAUGAAAAUCAUGCGUCGUACAGAUGGAGAACAGCCCUCCGCCGAAGGUAGUGUAGCAACAAGCUCAUCUGUACCGUCUAAGGCGGCUUCAGAGUCUGGUGAUGUGGGCCAUGAUGGAGACCGUACCGGCUCGACAGGCCCAAUGUCUGCCAAGGACCGUAUGGCUAUGACCCGAGAAGAACGCGAAGCCAAGUAUCAGGAAGUGCGUGAGCGAAUUUUCCGCGACUUCCCCGAGAGUGCCAAGUCAGAGGCUAGCGCCGACUCGAACCUGAAUAUGUCCCGCUCAAGCUCGACCAGUGGACGCAAGAAGAACCAGAGACAGCGUACUCCUCAUGAUGACGGCUUCGAAGCUCGUUCCCAGUUCAACCCCUACUAUCCGGGACUGCAAUACAAUAACAAUGGUUCGCCGGCUUACAAUGCGGCUGGGGGGAUGGCUCCUACGCUAAUCAAGUUCCGUACAUGGUUGGGCCCGAACAACGCGAUGUACCCGGGGCAGAUGGGCAUGAACAACGUGCCACAGUAUCCAAUGGCAAUGUCACCACAAAUGGCCUCUAGUGGCUCCUGGCAAGGAGGAAACAUGCCGCAGCAGUCGCCAUUCUCUGGCUACUCUUCAAUGAACCAGCCUGGUUUGUUGGGUCAACAGCCAUCGACCAAAUCCUCGCCAGCCAUGAACAACUUCCCUACCCCACAUUCUCCGCAAUUCCAGCAGACUCAUAAUUGGAACUCAGGACCCUUCCCUGGAAACUUCCAGCCAUCUCCGCAUCAGCGCAACCAACCUCCUGUUCCUUGGGCCAACUAUCCUGCUCAGUCAAUGACCUCCAACAUAGCCGCCUAUCCCUACACCCAGUACCCUGGGCAGCACCUGAACCUGGGUCUUCAGAACCCUGGGAACCCCGGGAUGGCAGGUAACUUCCCCGGAUCCCACUUCAAUCCCCAGACCCGCUCGUUUAUCCCGGGGGAUGCUGGGAUGCAGCGGCACCCAAGCAAGGGCGCGCAGCAGCAAAUGCAGCCGUACGGUAACCGACCACCCAACACCACCCAGCCCAACUGGCUGUCUAGAUUCCCAGAGUCUAUUCCCAACCAGACCGUCGACCACUCGCCAGCCGCCAACGCAUCUCGCAUUCCGAAUACAAGCACCCAAACCUCCAUCGCAAAAUGGGGUAUUCCAUCCCACCUCCCUCCCAAACCCCCUCCCUCUGAAGUUCCUUCCGACUUCGAGCUGAAGCAUCGUACCGGCUUGCCCACUCCGGCAGCCGCCAGAAACGGCAUCUCUGGCAUCAAGAACGGGCCUCUGGUUGUUUCAGGGGGAACCUUCCCCUCAAAAACGGACUAG